GAGAACUUCAAACGCCGGCGAAGAAGUGUCAACACUCCGGUGAGAGAGAGAGAUAACCUGCAAUGUCGGAAGUUUCCGUUUGGCCUAUCUAACUCCGGUGGAAGUUUUCCUCCCGCCAUCGUGUCCUCGCCAGCUUUCUCCUUCAAUCAAUCCUACUUCCUCCGCAACUCCAUCAUUUGAAUUCGGAACCGUUCCUUCGUCUCCAUCGACCGCUCCUUCUACAUCCCUCCUUUUCGGAUCCUCACCGUCCAUCUUUGGAGCCACCGGUUCGUCACCAUCCAGUCUUCCAUCUUCUGCUUCAACCACUACUCAUGCUACUAGUUCUGUUACUACAACACAGCCAUCUCUUGGUGUCGCUUCGAGUAGUGGCACAGCGAUUGGUUCUCCGAAUAUGCCAUCUGAAAUAACUGAGGAAAUUGUAAAGGAGAUUAUUCUCGUGGAGGGGAAUAAUGAGUCACAAGAGCAUAAAUGGAGAUCCAUGAAACAGGAAAAUGAAGAGCUCAAAAAAAGAUUGAGGGUGAUGAAAGAGGAGCUAGAGGAUAAGGAUUCUGAGUUAGAACAACGAGAAGGUUUGAUUAAUGCCCUCUUGGUGAAAGAACGCUAUGCCAAUGAUGAGAUACUUGAAGCACAGAAACUGUUGAUCAGUCAAAUGAGAGAUUUAACGGAUGAUAGAACGACGAUCAGAGUAAAGAGGAUGGGACAUCUUGAUGUAGAGCCCUUCGUAAAAGCAAGUAAGCGGAGAUUAACUGGCAACGACACUGAGGUUUACGCGGAAUGGGAAGAAAACCUCAGGGAUCCUCAUUGGCAACCAUUCAAACGGGUGGAGACUGGAAACAUAGUGAAGGAAGUGGUGGAUGAAGAAGAUGAGAAACUUAAGAAUCUCAGAGAAGAGUGGGGAGAAGAGGUGAUGAACGCAGUAAAGACGGCUCUCGAAGAAGUUAACGAGUUUAACCCAAGUGGCCGACAUGUAGUCCCAACACUGUGGAAUUCCGAACAAGGAAGAGUAGCUACAUUGAGAGAAGUGAUUGCUCACAUGACACAUGAGAUCAAAACUCUUAAACGGAAAAAGAAUCUGAAACACCGUAAGUAAUGAAAGCUCUCUUGUCAUUCGUGUUUCUCAUUUUGUAUAUCGAAGCUAAGUAAUCUAAACCCUUAGGGUUGGUUCUUUACUUUUGAAUGAAUGUUUGGUGUAUUCUUACUAAUUUCGUAACGUUUUUCAUAUGGUUGGUUUGGUAUAAUUUGUACUAUGUUAGCAACAACAACUAUGGUUUUUGUGGAUGCGAGAUCUGCAUUCGAUAUUCUGAGAAUUUGGUCUAGCUUUUUAUUGUAAGAGCUAAGCGAAGAUAAAGUUUGGAAGAACCGAAACCUUUAUCUCCACCUUGUCCUUCGAACAACUUUAGAGGAGAAUGAACAGUGGCU